AUGCCGUCGCCGCUCAAUGUCAUUGCAUUGAUCUCGGGCGGCAAAGACUCGCUCUUCUCCAUCCUCCACUGUCAAGCAAACGGCCACAGCGUCGUGGCACUGGCCAACCUACACCCAGCGCCCGGCAACAAUGACAGCGGCGACGACAUCAACAGCUACAUGUACCAGACGGUCGGCCAUUCGGUCAUUCCCCUCUACGCGCAGGCGCUAGGACUCCCGCUGUAUCGACGCGAGAUUACGGGCACAGCGGUAGACUCGAGCCGGGAUUAUGCGGCGCCGCCGACGUCGCCUUUGUCGCAGAAGCAACGGCAGCACGAUGAGACUGAAGAUCUGGUCCCGCUGCUCCAGCGCGUCAUGCACGACCAUCCCCACGCCAAUGCCGUGUCUACAGGCGCCAUUUUGAGCACCUAUCAGCGCACCCGUGUCGAGUCUGUUGCCCUUAGGCUGGGCCUCACGCCGCUGUCGUACCUGUGGCAAUAUCCGUUGCUCCCGCCGUACACGCAGUCGUCCCUGUUGCAUGACAUGUCUGCCGUUGGGCAAGAAGCAAUCAUCAUCAAGACGGCGUCUGGUGGCCUAGACGAGGCCUUUUUGGGCCUCGACGUCGCGGCCCCGGCAUCCAUUGCGAGGCUAGCCAGAGCAAUGGCCCGGUUUGGUGACGCCGGUGAUGGUGCAAUCCUAGGCGAGGGGGGAGAGUUUGAGACGCUGGCUCUCGACGGGCCACGCCCGCUGUGGAAGAAGAGAAUUCGCAUCCACGCUGGGCCGCCGUUGCUCGUUGACGGCGGGCAGACGGUGCUCCAGGUCCAAGCGAGUAGUGUUGAGGACAAGACUGGGGGAGACGAGGCGGGUACUGCGGCCGUGAGGAUCCCAGACCUUUUCGACGACGAGUUUGCAAGAAUCCUCGACAUCUUAGAGCCUAGCCAUGAAGAGGGCGCGUCUGUGGCCGAUGAUACCGCGCAGUGUACUAUCACCACUGAAGCAAGCCAUGAGUCUCCAGCCCAACACCUCCCCAGGAACAUGGCCAGCGAGACACCCACCGCUUUCACAUACUCAAAUCUCACAAGCGAUGUCCACGCAGCCUCGUCUCCAGCCCGCCAACUCACAAGCCUCUUCCUCCGCCUCGACCACGUCCUGCAGCACUGCAACCUCUGCAAAGCCAGUGUGAACCACUGCACCCUCCUCCUGCGCGACAUGUCGGAUUUCACCCUCUUAAACCCCAUCUACGCCCAGUACUUCACCCACGUGAACCCACCCGCCCGCGUCACCGUCGCAGUGGGAAACCUCCUGCCAAAAGGCAUAGAUGUAAUGCUCAGCGUCAUCUUGGACAAAAACCCCUCUCCCUCUUCCUCUUCACAGCACCAACCCCGACAAGGCCUCCACGUCCAGGGCCGCAGCUACUGGGCCCCCGCAAACAUUGGUCCCUACAGCCAAGCCAUUUCCACGCCCCUACCCAUUCACCACCCUUCAUGUACCUCCUCCUCCUCCUCCUCCUCCGCGGGGACCCUGGAAACCGUCUACAUCGCCGGCCAAAUCCCGCUUGUCCCCGCCUCCAUGGAAGUAUACACCGCACGCGGCUUCGCCGGCCAAGCCACGCUUUCCCUGCAGCAUCUAUGGCGCAUAGGCCGCGCCAAACACGUCCGCUGCUGGACUGCCGCCGUGGCUCUCAUCCCCUCAAGUCUCGCUGCGGCCCGUGUGCAGCUCUGCGUGCAAACGGCCCAACAACUCUGGAGCCAUAUCCACGCUGCUGCUUCCCGUGUAUCCGACUCCCACCCCCAUAACGAUAACGAUAAUGACGACGAAGAUAUAGAUCCCUGGGAUAAACUCAAUUCCCACGCUCACACUCACACACUCACGUUCAACGACGCCACGCCCCGCACUACUAUCCCUUCCUCACACUUAUCCCGUCUGCCGCCGCCCCCGUGCUUCGCAGCACAAGUAAAAGCACUACCUCGCGCCGUGGAUAUCGAGUGGAGCGCUACAGGCCUGGCUUCUACAUCUACUACAUCUACGCUUGAACUCCAGCGAGAGCGCCACCCAGAAACAGCGUGUUUGAGCACCAUGCGCGUCGCUGCGUCGCUGGCACGCUUUGUCACGCUUGAGAUAUGCGCCGAAAGCGAUGUGCAGUUGCUGGGGAGGUUGGGGUGUGGUGGUGUUAAUAGUAAGAGUAAGAGUAAUGGGAGGCUAGAGGGUGCUUCAAACUGGGCGACAGCGACUAUAUACAUCAGCCAAACCUCUCCCUAUCACGCACAGCUCGCUGCCGUGUUGAGAGCUAGUGCUGGUGGUAGUGGUGUGCAGUGGAUCCCGUGUGAGCGCGUGUGGGGCGAGGAUGGGCGCGAAGUCAGUGCAGUUUUUGUUGGGAGACGAGACGAGAUGAAAUCAGCAAUCGAUGAAUAA